AUGGGUUUGCAGGACAACAAAAUUCUUCAAAAGUUCAUCAAUACGGGCGAAAAAAGAGCCGGUUCCAGUGGAAUGGGUAUCUUUGUGGGCGUCUUUGCUGCCUUAGGAGGUAUUCUUUUUGGAUAUGACACUGGUACCAUUUCUGGUGUCAUGGCCAUGCCUUGGGUCUUGCAGACUUUCCCUGCAAAUAAAGAGGCAUUCACGGCUUCUGAAUCGUCUUUGAUUGUGUCCAUUUUAUCUGCUGGUACCUUUUUUGGUGCUAUUCUUGCGCCUUUGUUGAAUGACACUUUGGGCAGACGGUGGUGUCUCAUCAUCUCCUCGCUUGUUGUGUUCAAUUUGGGUGCUGCUUUGCAAACUGCAGCGGAGUCCAUUCCCCUUCUUUUGGCCGGAAGAGUCAUUGCCGGUUUUGGCGUUGGCUUGAUUUCGUCCACGAUCCCAUUGUACCAGUCCGAAGCUCUUCCCAAAUGGAUCAGAGGUGCCGUUGUGUCUUGUUACCAGUGGGCCAUCACAAUUGGUAUUUUCUUGGCUGCAGUUGUCAACCAAGGUACGCAGAACAUCAACAGUUCGGCUUCUUACAGAAUUCCAUUGGGCAUUCAAAUCCUCUGGGGCCUCAUUUUGGGUAUCGGUAUGAUCUUUUUGCCUGAGACCCCCAGAUUCUACAUUUCCAAGGAAAAGCACGCUGAUGCUGCCCGCUCGUUGUCCAGAUUGAGAAAGCUUCCUGAGGACCACCCAGAAUUGUUGGAAGAGUUGGACGACAUCAAGGCCGCCCACGAGUUUGAGACUAUCCAUGGAAAAUCUUCUUGGGUGCAGGUCUUUUCGACCAAGAAGCAUCAAUUGAAAAAGUUGUUGACUGGUGUGGGCUUGCAGGCUUUCCAGCAGUUGACCGGUGUGAACUUCAUUUUCUACUUUGGCACGUCUUUCUUCAGCAGCGUUGGCUUGGACGGUUUCACCACUGCCUUGGCCACAAACAUCGUCAAUGUCGGUGCCACUAUCCCAGGUAUCUUGAGUGUUGAGAUUUUCGGCAGAAGAAAGGUUUUGUUGACUGGUGCUGUGGGCAUGUGUGUUUCCCAGCUUAUUGUCGCCAUUGUUGGUGUUUCGACUGAUUCCGCAGCUGCCAACCAGGUGCUCGUUGCCUUCUGCUGUAUUUUCAUUGCCUUCUUUGCUGCUACCUGGGGCCCCACUGCCUGGGUGGUUUGCGGUGAGAUCUUCCCAUUGAGAACAAGAGCCAAGUCUAUUGCUUUGUGUACUGCUUCUAACUGGUUGUUGAACUGGGCCAUUGCCUUUACUACUCCAUAUAUGGUUGACGCAGACAAGGGUAACUUGGGUACCAAUGUGUUUUUCAUCUGGGGCGGAUGCAACUUCGGCUGCUUCUUCUUUGCCUACUUUAUGAUUUACGAGACCAAGGGUCUCUCUUUGGAACAAGUGGACGAGCUUUACGAGAAGGUGCCAAGUGCAAGAAAGUCCAUGUACUUUAAUCCAAGCGAGCACGCCUUCAGACAGAAUGCCGAAGAGAGUGUGGUUGUGCCAGAAGAAUUCAGCCUGAAGGCCGAGGCCGUCUCUAUCGAGGAGGCUUCUGUUUAA